AUGCGUUUCAUUCAUUUUAUCUGUCUAUGCCUUGGGCUGGCAGCGAACGCUGCUGUCAUUAAAAGCCCGAUUAACAAUACGACCGAAAUUGAGGCUCUUGAUGCUGCUACUAGUAGUACAGGUUAUAGAUCUGUUGCAUAUUUUGUGAACUGGGCUAUCUAUGGUCGAAAUUUCAACCCUCAAGAUCUCCAGGCUCAGACCCUGACACAUAUUCUCUAUGCCUUUGCCAAUGUGCACUCGGAUACAGGAGAGGUAUUCAUGACGGAUUCCUGGGCUGACACUGAUAAACACUAUCCUGGAGACUCCUGGAGCGAUACUGGAAACAACGUCUAUGGCUGUGUCAAGCAACUGUUUCUGUUGAAACAAAAAAAUCGAAAGUUGAAAGUCCUCCUAUCAAUCGGUGGUUGGACCUAUUCCUCUAAUUUUGCAGGUCCCUUGAGUACUAGCGCUGGAAGAGCAAAAUUUGCUUCAUCUGCCGUGGCGCUGGUUCAAAAUCUUGGUUUUGAUGGCCUGGAUAUCGAUUGGGAAUACCCGGCGGACAGCACCCAGGCGGCUAACAUGGUGGCUACUUUGCAAGUUCUGCGUUCUGCACUUGAUAGCUACAGUGCGACCUAUGCAAACGGGUACCAUUUCCUGAUUACUGUCGCUUGUCCAGCUGGACCUUCCCACUACCAGCAACUUGAUUUGUCUCAGAUGGACCAGUACUUGGACUUCUGGAACCUCAUGGCUUAUGACUAUUCCGGAAGCUGGGAUAGUAUUGCCGGUCAUGAUGCCAAUGUUUACGCUUCAAGUGACAACCCAGCAAGCACGCCCUAUAAUACUGAUCAGGCCAUAUCAUACUACACCUCCAAUGGUGUCAGUUCUAGCAAAAUUGUUAUGGGAAUGCCAUUGUACGGUAGGUCCUUCAUGGACACGGCUGGACCGGGAACAAGUUUCAAUGGCGUCGGCAGCGGUACCUGGGAGAAUGGCGUUUGGGAUUACAAAGCCCUCCCCCAGGCAGGCGCUACAGUGAACUACAUUGACUCAAUUGUUGCAAGCUACAGCUAUGAUCCAUCACGGCAAAUGAUGAUUAGCUAUGAUACACCGCAAGUUGCUCAGAAGAAGGCGCAGUACAUUCAGUCAAAGGGUCUCGGUGGAGGAAUGUGGUGGGAGUCCAGCAGCGAUAAAACCGGCUCUGAUAGUCUUAUAUCCACGGUCGUGAAUUCGUUUGGUGGCAUCGGUGCCUUGGACCAGAGUCAAAACCAGUUAAGCUACCCAGCAUCGACUUAUGACAACCUGAAAGCUGGAUUCCCAUCUAGCUAA